AUGGAAAUGAAACGUGGUAUCAUAGAUUCCGACAACUAUUUUCGUGAAGCAUUUAAGCCAAUAAUAGAACCAUUGAGCAACCAAACAGAAAAGAAUACACAACCGGCUGAUGAAAUAAAACCGGAAACUUCAGACGUUAGAGGCCACUCUGUAACUUUUAGUCAUGGUAACUUACAGUUAUUUAAUAAAUACUAUCCAUGGACUGAAGGACUAUGGUCUUUACUAUGUGAGAAAGAACCAAAAAAUACAACUCUACAAGAUAUGGAAUCUUAUUACGACAUUUUAAAAACUUCACGAGCUCAUUUAAAAGCAGAUGGGAAACCUAAAACCUCAAAGUUUCAUAAAUGGACGAAUGUUGUAAAACCUCUAUACGAUAGAAUGAAAAAUGAGGAAAAGCAAUUAAACGAAGAAAUAGAUAAAAUUAAUAACUCAAGAACUCUUCGAUUAAGUUUAGAACAAAUUACCGAUCAUUUAUCUAGAUCUAACACUAAACGUAGUAAUAUUCAUAAUAAUACAACUAUACCAAAUGAUCCAUUUGAAUUUCGUCCAACAGCAAACAGUUCUAUGACUACAGAUCCAAAAAAUGAAAAAAUGUUUAAUUUUACUGCAACCCCAAAGGUUAAGAGAGGUUCUGGUUUAUAUAAAGAUGUAAUACCUCAAACACAAUUAGUUUAUUAUGACGAUCCGAAUGAACUAGUAACUAGAUUAAAUCUUCUAACAUCAUCACAAAAUGUUGGUAAUACUGGUGUCAAUAAUGAAAUUAUAUCAAUUUUAGAAGAAUUACGCGAGAGAAAUAUUAUAGUAUAAUGACAAUCUUAACCAGUUUAGCUGAGGAGUUACAUGGACCUGCGAGAAAAAUAUUUCCUAGACGAAGCGUAGUAACACGGUUUAAAGAUGAACUCUGGCAAGCUGAUUUAAUAGACAUGCAACCACAUUCUAGACAAAAUAAUGGUUUUAAAUUCAUUUUAAUUAUUAUAGAUACAUUUACGAAGUAUGUGUGGGUAGAAGCACUAAAAAAUUAAACAGCAAAGGAGUGUACAAAAGGUAUAAUACAAAUAUUAAAAAAAAAUCAACCAAAAUUAUUACAAACAGAUAACGGAAUAGAAUUUUACAAUAAUGAAUUUCAAAGUAUAAUGAAUAAGUAUCAUAUUAGACAUUAUUCAACAUACAGCAGUAUAAAGGCUGGUAUGGUUGAACGCGUUAUAAGAACAAUAAAAAAUAAAAUUUACAAAUAUUUUACAUCAACAGGUUCGUGGAAUUGGAUAAAUUCAAUUUUUAAAUUAGUAUAUAAUUAUAAUAAUACAAAACAUUCAACAAUAAAAUGUUCACCACACGAAGCUCGGAUCAAACCGGUUACAAUAAUAAGAAAAACAUUACAAAUUAAUACAUCAAAUAAACUUAAAUUUAAAAUUAAUGACAAAGUGAUAUUAUUAAAGGUCGACCUCGUAGACGAAUAAUUUCAGAUUUUACGUGAGUCUGUGAUAUAGCUGCAG